AUGUUCCAUGUCGUGAAAAUGCUUAAAACACUGACAUGGUGGUGGUCGAACUUAUUAUUUAUUAGUAUCGCUACUAUCGAUGUCAAUGUCUCGACAGCAUUAUACCGACAGUGGUAUUUUUGUUUAUUUCGAUAUUAUUUUAUUCUAAACAGAUCGAACAUCGUUUCCUUUUACCUCGGCAUUGUGGGUAAAUACGGUACCCGAUAUGGUGCAUCAUUACGUAAAAUGGUUAAGAAAAUGGAAAUAACCCAACAUUCAAAAUACACAUGCUCAUUUUGUGGUAAAGACAACAUGAAACGUUCAUGUGUUGGUAUUUGGAAAUGCCGUUCAUGUCAAAAAACAGUUGCCGGCGGUGCUUAUGUUUAUUCAACAUCAACUGCUGCUGCUGUUCGCUCGGCUGUACGUCGUUUACGUGAUAUGCGCGAACAAUAA